AGAGAGAGAGAGAGAGAGAGAGGGAGAGAGAGAGAGAGAGAGAGAUAUGUAACUUUGGCUAGAGGGACAUUUUUUUUCUUCAUUUUUAACUCCCCCUCCCCUUUUCCUCCUCGUUUUUCUGUGUGUCUGUCUAUAUUAGUGUUUUUGUUUCUCCGUACCCCUGAGAGCGUGGUCAGUCAGAGAGAGAGAGAGGGAGAGAGAGAGGGAGGGAGAAAAAGAGAGGAGCAGAUUUAGAGUAAUACAGAGCAUGAAAAGGACAGACAGGAGAAGAGGAGGGAACAGUCCAUGGUAAUGUGUGCCUGCUCUUCCCAGUCCAGCCCAGUGCAGCGCCCCCUCCUCCUCCAGCUCUACUGGGUCAGUACCCUGGGACAGCACCUGCUCUCCCCACAGACAGACAGACUCUCAGGACCCGCAGCUGUGUGAGCCUUGAGUCCAGCCGCUCCUCCACACACAAAGAGACUCCGACCAGCCCCAGAGAACCCAACCUUCCAUUCACAGGAGUCUUAGCGGUGGCUGCAGCAGAGUGAUCCAGUAGUAGCAGGGUAAGAUAAGUUCGAGGUCAAGAUGGCGGGACAAGGGCUGCUGCCCUCCACCAACCGUUACCUCCUCCUGCUCCUGGGGGUUCUGUCUGUGGCCCACGCCUCCAUCUUCCUCAAGGCCUCCUUCCAGAGAGACCGCCGUAACAUCCGACCCAACAUCAUCCUCAUUCUCACUGAUGACCAGGACAUGGAGCUUGGCUCCAUGCAGGUCAUGAAUAAGACACGUUGUAUCAUGGAGCAGGGCGGGACUCACUUCUCCAACGCCUUUGUGACCACGCCCAUGUGCUGUCCUUCACGCUCCUCCAUGUUGACGGGGAAGUACGUUCACAACCACAACACCUACACCAACAAUGAGAACUGUUCCUCCCCCUCCUGGCAGGCCCAGCAUGAGACUAGGACCUUUGGAGUGUACCUCAACAACACUGGCUACAGGACAGGCUUCUUUGGGAAGUACCUGAAUGAGUACAACGGUUCCUAUAUUCCUCCUGGGUGGAGAGAGUGGGUGGGGCUGGUCAAGAACUCCCGCUUCUACAACUACACCCUGUGCAGGAAUGGAGUCCGCGAGAAACAUGGCUGCGAGUACCCUAAGGACUACUUUACGGACCUCAUCACAGAGGAUGGCAUCAACUACUUCCGCUCGUCUAAGAGGAUGUACCCUCACCGGCCAGUGAUGAUGGUGAUGAGCCAUGCAGCCCCCCAUGGGCCAGAGGACUCAGCACCUCAGUACAGCACUGCCUUUCCCAACGCAUCCCAGCACAUCACUCCCAGCUACAACUAUGCCCCGAACCCGGACAAGCACUGGAUCAUGAGUUACACUGGUUCCAUGAAGCCCAUCCACAUGGAGUUCACCAACAUGCUACAGAGGAAGAGGCUGCAGACCCUGCUCUCUGUGGACGACAGCGUGGAGAAGGUGUAUAACAUGCUGGCUGAGACUGGAGAACUGGACAACACAUAUAUCAUCUACACAGCUGACCACGGCUACCACAUUGGUCAGUUCGGCCUGGUCAAGGGCAAGUCCAUGCCCUACGAGUUUGACAUUCGAGUUCCCUUCUACAUCCGAGGGCCCAAUGUGGAGGCAGGAGCCAGCAACCCUCACGUGGUGCUGAACAUUGACCUGGCGCCCACCAUCCUGGACAUCGCUGGCCUGGACGUCCCUCCGGACAUGGACGGCAAGUCCAUCCUCAAACUGCUGGACGUAGAGAGACCAGUCAACAGGUUCCAGGUGAAUAAGAAAGGGAAGGUGUGGAGAGACUCGUUCCUGGUGGAAAGAGGGAAGUUGCUCCACAUGCGUGAUGCGUCUUCAGGGAAGGACGUGGCCCAGGAGGAGAACUUCCUGCCUAAGUACCAGCGGGUCAAGGACCUGUGUCAGAGAACAGAGUACCAGACACCCUGCCAACAGCUGGGACAGAAGUGGCAGUGUGUUGAAGAUGCUACGGGGAAACUGAGGCUGUAUAAGUGUAAGGGCAUGACCAGCAUGUCUGCAGGACAGAAGGAGGGCCCUGCCAACAUCAGGUCCCAAUUUUACCCCCAGCGCGAAACAAAGCACAUCACAGAGCGCAACACAGAGCCCGAAGGCUGCAAUUGUGACCAGUUCCCUAGCUUCAGACUCAGUGCCUUCAAGAAGAAAAAGUUCCUUUCCAAGAAGAAGAUGAAGGCCGUCAAGAGCUAUGCCCGUAACCGUUCUUCCCGCGCCAUGGAGAUAGGAGGGGAACUGUAUGCUGUAGACUUGGGGGAUGGCUACCAGCCUGUACUGGCCCCCAGGAACCUCAGCGAGGCUGGGGCCCCGGGGCCACACAACGACACUGAGGACGACUUCAGUGGCAUGGGGUUCCCUAUCAGUCCCAGGACUAGCAGCAACAGUCUGGCUUUAGUACCUUCUGACAUCAAAGUCACACACAGGUCAGGGAGUGUGUUGAGGUUCUAUGUGGAUGGAUGCUCCAUCCUGGCCGAUGACACAGUGAAGUGUGACACAGGGAUCUAUAAGUCUGUGCAGGCCUGGAAGGACCACAAACUCCACAUUGACCAUGAGAUUGAGACCCUGCAGACCAAGAUCAAGAAUCUGAGAGAAGUCAGGGGUCACCUGAAGAAGGCCCGCCCAGAGGAGUGUGACUGUCUCCGCUACAUCUACCAGUCUAAGUACAAGAGUAAGCUUAGGCACAAAGGAAGCAGCAUUCAUCCAUUCAGGAAGGGUCAGGAUAAGGAGAACAAGGCGUGGCUGCUGAAGGACCAGAAGAGGAGGAAGAAGAUGAGGAAGCUGCUGAAACGUCUGAGGAACAACGACACCUGUAGCAUGCCUGGUCUCACCUGCUUCACCCACGACAACCAGCACUGGCAGACCGCCCCCUUCUGGACAAUGGGUCCAUUCUGUGCCUGCACCAGUGCCAACAACAACACCUACUGGUGCGUGAGGACCAUCAACGAAACUCACAACUUCCUGUUCUGUGAGUUUGCGACUGGCUUCCUGGAGUACUUUGACCUCAACACAGAUCCCUACCAGCUGAUGAAUGCUGUGAACACGCUGGACCGAACCGUCCUAAAUCAGCUCCACGUUCAACUCAUGGAGCUCCGCAGCUGCAAGGGCCACAAGCAGUGCAACCCCCGUACCCGCAACCUGGAGCUGGAGGACAGAUUUGGGAAGGCUGGGAGGGAUAGGGUCCAGGAGGCGACAGUGGCCCCUUCAGAAGCACCCAGUGCAGGAGGAAAGGGAAUGGACUGGACAGAACUUGAACCCUUGUACAGACUUGACAAGCACGCGUAUGAUCUCAAACUCAACUUCAACGUCAGCCUGGAGGACUGGGACAACUUUGACUGGACCGUGGACAGGAUGUUCACGAUGCUAGGCAACUUCAACCACCAGCCGAACGGGCGCCGCAGCAACUUGAUUCCUGGGGAGGGUAGAGGAGGAAGAGACCACGCCCUGGUGUCCUCAACGGCCCAAUCAGCCUCAGCCAUCUACCUGACCACCCUGGCCACUCCAGCUCUCCUGCUGAGAGAGGCUGCGGCCGAGGUCCUGAGGGAGGCGUUGGGGCUGAAUGGAGGGGAGCACCGCUCUUCCUCUUCCUCCUCCUCCUCCUCUUCUUGUCCUCCAGUCCGCUCAGACUGGGACCACUCCCCACCUCUCCUCAACCAGUUAGGGGAGGAGGGCCCGCCUAGACUGCAUGACGAGGAUGAGGAGGGCAGGGAUAGGGGUGAUGAAGAGGAGGAGGAAGAGUUGUUUAGGAGAUGGUCGGCCCGGUGGAGGCUGAACCAUGCUCACUGUCAGUGCAGUGACUUUGUUCAGGAAGCUGAGAACGGGUUGCCUGUAUGACUGCCUGUAAGACCCCUCUCUCACUCUGUCUCCCCUCCUCACCUGAGAUUUUAGGGAGACUGAAUCAGCACAAUGUCACCUCUGGCCUGUCCACCACCCAGACCCGCUUAACAUCUCACCCUCCUCCUCCUCAGGCCACUGCAGCACUUCCUGGCUGAUAUGGGGACGAGCCUGUCCCUUUAAUCAAGACUGCAGUCCUCCAGUGCCCCAACCAUAUCCCAGGCCAGCCUGCGGCCCACUGCUGGCCCCUUCCUGUAAUACACCAACGGACUUCACUAGGAGAUUCUUUGUGAGCGAACACAGCAGCAGCAGCCCAUGAUUCUUUAUGAGCGAACACAGCAGCAGCAGCCCAUGAUUCUUUGUGAGCGAACACAGCAGCAGCAGCCCAUGAUUCUUUGUGAGCGAACACAGCAGCAGCAGCCCAUGAUUCUUUGUGAGCGAACACAGCAGCAGCAGCCCAUGAUUCUUUGUGAGCGAACACAGCAGCAGCAGCCCAUGAUUCUUUAUGAGCGAACACAGCAGCAGCAGCCCAUGAUUCUUUGUGAGCGAACACAGCAGCAGCAGCCCAUGAUUCUUUAUGAGUGAACACAGCAGCAGCAGCCCAUGAUUCUUUAUGAGCGAACACAGCAGCAGCCCAUGAUUCUUUGUGAGCGAACACAGCAGCAGCAGCACAUGAUUCUUUAUGAGUGAACACAGCAGCAGCAGCCCAUGAUUCUUUAUGAGCGAACACAGCAGCAGCAGCCCAUGAUUCUUUAUGAGCGAACACAGCAGCAGCAGCCCAUGAUUCUUUAUGAGCGAACACAGCAGCAACCCAUGAUUCUUUGUGAGCGAACACAGCAGCAGCAGCCCAUGAUUCUUUAUGAGCGAACACAGCAGCAGCAGCCCAUGAUUCUUUGUGAGCGAACACAGCAGCAGCAGCCCAUGAUUAUUUUCCUAAUGCAGGAUGUUACUUUGCUUUGUUUUUUGUUUUUGGGGAGCUUUGGGAAUAUGAGAGGAAAAUAAACUUGAUUGAUUUUUGAUAUUCAUUGGAUUCUUUGAAAACAGAUUGUGUAUUCUAUGUGUGUAUUUGACUGUGUUAGUUUUUCCUAAUGGGUGUAUGAAUUGGUGCUGGUUCCACCCCCUGUGCUGACUACAUGUAUGUGGCACAUUGAUUAAGGCUUCUUUAUUUUUACCAAUGUGUUACUAAGUCAUUUUUGAAAACACUUAAUUCCACAAAAUGCAGAUGAUCAAUUAUGAGGUUCAGUGAUACACACACACACACACACACACCUCACACACUUUGAGUUAGAGUGCUGUGGAACUUGCCUUUGAGUUUGGCGUCAAACCGACACGAGGAGGCCGUGGUUAGGGUCGGAGUGCAGGUAGGAACUGGGACUACGUGUCAUCUAAGUGCCGUAUAUUUUCAGUGUUGCAGCUUAUUAUAGUUCUACUAUGUUUCUAAUGAAAAACAAGAGACUUGAUAUUUAUGUGAAUCAAAGCAUUCCCUUUUGUUGUGUUCUUAAUUUCAUUUCAAAAUGACUGAGUUCUGGACGUUGAACAGAAUAAGAGUUUUUACUGAAAAUAUCUCUACCGCUACAACUUGGUAGCUGUGGCAUUAACCGUUUUGAGAGAGUCCAAUCAGAAAACAUGCAAUCGAAGGCACUUAUCUGAUGUGAACCCACUGAGACGUAUAGAGAUCACAACAUUGUAGCUGUCCCAUUAUGGUGUCUGUGACAGUAUGGGCAGCACUACUGAAGCCAUUUCCAUUUUAAAAUAGUCCGUUUUCUUCUUCUUUAGAUAAAAAAAGUGUAAACUAAUAUAGGUGUCUUAUCUCCUCCUGCAGUGCUGGAGUCCUGAACCAAAUUUAGUGUCAUUCAUGUAUUGUAGCCACUAGAUGGCAGUCACAUAGCUUGAAGCCAUUUACAAACUAGGCAAACCAUUUUAAAGAAGAAGACAAUGUUCUGCUUAUUGGCUGAUCGCUCCCAACCCCAUGCGAAUAUCUACACAGUUGACUACUGUAAAAUGCCUGGAAGCCCUCAAUGGCAAUGUCCAUGCAAAAACAGGUUAUUUCUAUGUAAUGAUCCUUAUACAUCUCUAUGUGUAAACCUGACUUGUCUAGUCUUGUUGGUUCUGUUUCAUGAAGUCUGUUUCAUGAAGUCAUCAGUCCACAGUUGAGUUCCCGUGCUAAGACGUUGUUGCAUGUAUCAACCAAUGGUUGUGUGCCAGAUCAUCGACUGUGCUGUCGGGCACCAGAUUGCUAGGACAUAUGAUAUGGUUAGCUGAUAUGUAAAAUAACUAUCCAAGGGCUGGGCAGAGGAAUGUGCCCCACUUCCUCUCUCUGAUGUCAUCAAAGGCUUCAGAGAGAAAAGGUGUGCUUGUUUUGCAAGCCGAUGUGUCCCAGAGAUGGGCGGGACAUAGGUUUCAUGACCCACUCACCUUAUACAGCAACCCUGGCAGUUUAUUCUGCCUAAAACCACUUAAAGAUACUCAGAACAUGCUGGCUUGUAAAACAAGCCCACACAGUCAAGAUCGGCCGUAACGUCAUGGUCUAAAGACUGUAGUUACACGUGUUUCUCUUAGAAAUAAAAAUACAUGGAAAAAUACAUGUAUUUAACAAAUGCUGCAUUCUUUAUAACAGUAGAUUUGUUCGCUAUACAUGGUGCUAUUGGGGUCUCAACAUAUAUAUAUAAAAUUGCUGUGUGUAUUUGAAUGUAGGUCUUUUGCGAUUAAUGUAAAUGUUAAAAUAUAUUUGAUAAUAAACAGAUAUUACCAAUCAGACAGCGCUUCAUCAAAAGGGUCAAAUAGUGGGUGCUUAUUAUUUGUCCUGUUUCACUGCAUGUACAAGUGGGUAACUUGUACAAGUUUGGAAAUGGGCAUUUAGCAUAUCCUUACUCCCCCUGACAGUGGGUUCGUGGCCAGGCAUCUGUCGUUAUUGACCGGGAACCUGGAGCAGUUUGGGUUGAGUGACUUGCUCAUGUGCAGAUCAACAGAUUUUUCACCUUGUUCUUACGGGGAUUCAAAAUAUCGACCUUGCGGUUACUGGUCAAAUGUUCUCACUGCUAGGCAACCUGCCGCCCCGCCCUGCACCGAUGUUUCCUGUACGUAGUCUUCUGAUGUGAAUACCCUUGAGCAGAAGGAAUCUUUCCACCCUCAAUUUACCAGGAAACCGACCCCCCCCCCCCAAUAAUUUUGUACUAUAUUGUAAGAGGUAAAACAAGUCCCUUCUCCCCCUGGAAAAAAAAUAAGCAACAGUACUUUUUAUUAGCACUUUGAGAUGGACUACUGUAUGUGGACAAAAAAAGAGAGGGUUUUAUCAUAACGAUGCCUUGUGUAGUUCCAUAGGUUUAUCGUGCAUAUAUUUUGGUUUCCAGUGAACAGCUGUAACAAGUUUGUGAAUAAAGUGUUGAAUGCCAA